UUGACCCUGCGCCUAGCCCGGUCACCCGUUCACCCGCUCGCCUCUUUCUCAGUUCUUUCUUUCCCAACCCUUGAUCUCCACAAUUUUGAAAAUCUCCAUCUACAGCCGAGCUAACAGGGAGGGGCUAGGAGAAUUUGUAUUUGGGAGAAAUGGAUAAGAAGAGAGUGGCGGUACCGUUGGUUUGCCACGGCCAUUCGCGCCCCGUCGUUGAUUUGUUCUAUAGUCCUGUCACUCCAGAUGGCUACUUCCUCAUUAGUGCCAGCAAAGAUUCCAAUCCUAUGCUUAGAAAUGGUGAGACUGGAGAUUGGAUCGGAACAUUUGAAGGGCAUAAAGGUGCAGUCUGGAGUUGCUGCUUGGAUACAAAUGCUUUUCGUGCGGCUACUGGUUCUGCUGACUUCUCUGCAAAAAUCUGGGAUGCUACAACUGGGGACAUACUGCAUUCUUUUGAGCACAAGCACAUUGUUCGAGCCUGUGCUUUCUCAGAGGAUACCAAUUUUUUACUUACUGGAGGAGUUGAGAAAGUUCUUCGAAUAUAUGAUCUGAAUCGCCCUGAUGCUCCUCCUAGAGAAGUAGACAAGUCUCCUGGCUCUGUCAGAACUGUUACAUGGCUCCACAGUGAUCAGACAAUUUUAAGUUCUUGUACGGAUAUGGGAGGGGUCAGAUUAUGGGAUGUCAGAACUGGCAAAGUGGUCGAAACACUAGAGACUAAAUCACCCGUUACUAGUGCUGAAGUUAGUCAAGAUGGUCGAUACAUUACAACUGCCGAUGGUUUCAGUGUGAAGUUCUGGGAUGCAAAUCAUUUUGGAUUGGUUAAGAGCUACAACAUGCCAUGCACUGUAGAGUCAGCUUCUUUGGAACCCAAAUAUGGUUUCAAAUUUGUUGCUGCAGGAGAAGACAUGUGGAUUCGUGUUUUUGAUUUUCAUACUGGUGACGAGAUAGCAUGUAACAAGGGUCACCAUGGUCCUGUGCACUGUGUUCGCUUUGCACCAGGCGGGGAAACAUAUGCCUCAGGAUCUGAAGAUGGAACAAUCAGAAUAUGGCAAACAGGGCCACUGAUUAAUGAUGAGAGUGAGCCUAUUGCAGCAAAUGGUGGAACAGGAAGGGUGAAGGUUAGUGCAGAUGAAGUUUCCCGCAAAAUUGAGGGGUUCCACAUUACAGAUGAGGGAAAGUCAAGGGAGAAAGAAGAGAUGGAGAACGCCUGAGGGGCUGAUGAUAUCUGUGUUGGUUGGGAUGUCAAAUGCCACGUACAAAGAUUCCUCCUCUGUCGGACGUCAGUCUAAUUGUCUUUCCUUUGCCUCUAGGCAGGAUAUCUUUAGUUUAAAUUCGCGGAUCUGCUUUCUUAAGAACAGCUAUUGUGGUAAACCCGCGACCAUUGCUUGGUGCACUUAGUUAUUGUCUGUAUGUAUAUCAAGGUCUCGCUGGAAGCUAGCUACUACAUGACUGGUGAUGAUGAUUCAUUAGAAAUGUGCUUGUACGGCGCGCGUUUAUAAAAUGUGGGUUAUGUUCAUUACCUUAUGACCGCACGUGUUGGGAUUGAAGUUUUGGAAAUUCUUGAAGUUUUGCGGUUAUUUCAUGACGGUUCAAGGGAUGAUUGGCACUUUAGUUUACACCACUUCCCGUGAGCAUGGGCUUGUUGUACUCAAAUCGAUUAUUUUAACAGAUUAUACAUUUUGAUCACGAGUAAUCAGUUUUUGUGA